GCUCGGAGCUCGCGGCUCUGGGGGCCCGGCUUUGCCGCGCUCGGUGCACUUGGGCGAGAGCCGGAACGUGGAACGGAGCUCCGAUCCCAGCGCAGCCACCGCGAUGAGAGGCGCUCGCGGCGCCUGGGAUUUUCUCUGCGUCCUGCUCAUCCUGUUCCGCGUCCAGACAGGCUCUUCUCAACCAUCUGUGAGUCCAGGGGAACUGUCUCUACCAUCCAUCCACCCAGCAAAAUCAGAGUUAAUAGUCAGUGUUGGCGACGAGAUUAGGCUGUUAUGCACCGAUCCAGGAUUUGUCAAAUGGACUUUUGAGACCCCGGGUCAAUUGAGUGAGAACACACGCAAUGAAUGGAUCACAGAGAAAGCCGAGGCCGCCAACACAGGCAAUUACACGUGUACCAACAGAGAUGGUUUAAGCAGGUCCAUUUAUGUGUUUGUUAGAGAUCCAGCGCAGCUUUUCCUCAUUGACCUUCGCUUGUAUGGGAAAGAAGACAAUGAUACGCUGGUCCGCUGUCCUCUGACAGACCCCGAGGUGACCAAUUACUCCCUCAGGGGGUGUGAGGGGAAACCUCUUCCCAAGGACUUGACGUUUGUCACUGAUCCCAAGGCUGGCAUCACGAUCAGACACGUGAAGCGGGAGUAUCACCGGCUCUGCUUACACUGCUCUGCAGACCAGAAGGGCAAGUCCGUGCUGUCAACGAAAUUCACCCUGAAAGUGAGGGCAGCAAAACCAGAAAUCCUGACUCAUGAAAGUCUCGUGAAUGGCAUGCUCCAGUGUGUGGUAGCAGGAUUCCCAGAGCCCACAGUAGAUUGGUAUUUUUGUCCAGGAACCGAGCAGAGAUGUUCCAUUCCUGUUGGGCCAAUGGAUGUGCAGAUGCAAAACUCAUCUGUCUCACCGUCUGGAAAACUCGUGGUUCAGAGCUCCAUUGAUUACAGUGCGUUCAAGCACAACGGCACGGUCGAGUGUAGGGCUUACAACAAUGUGGGCAGGAGUUCUGCCUUUUUUAACUUUGCAUUUAAAGAACAAAUCCAUCCCCACACCCUGUUCACACCUUUGCUGAUUGGUUUUGUGAUCGCGGCUGGUAUGAUGUGCAUUAUCGUGAUGAUUCUUACCUACAAAUAUUUACAGAAACCCAUGUAUGAAGUACAGUGGAAGGUUGUUGAGGAGAUAAAUGGAAACAAUUAUGUUUACAUAGACCCAACACAACUUCCUUAUGAUCAUAAAUGGGAGUUUCCCAGAAACAGGCUGAGUUUUGGGAAAACUCUGGGGGCCGGUGCCUUCGGGAAAGUCGUUGAGGCUACUGCAUAUGGCCUCAUUAAGUCAGAUGCGGCCAUGACUGUGGCCGUUAAGAUGCUCAAACCAAGUGCCCAUUUAACCGAACGAGAGGCCCUGAUGUCUGAGCUCAAAGUCUUGAGUUACCUCGGUAAUCACAUGAAUAUUGUGAAUCUUCUUGGAGCAUGCACUGUUGGAGGGCCCACCCUGGUCAUUACUGAAUACUGCUGUUAUGGUGAUCUUUUGAAUUUUUUGCGAAGAAAACGUGAUUCAUUUAUUUGCUCGAAGCAGGAAGAUCACGCCGAAGUGGCACUUUAUAAGAACCUUCUGCAUUCAAAGGAGUCUUCCUGCAAUGAUAGUGCUAAUGAAUACAUGGACAUGAAACCCGGAGUUUCUUAUGUUGUGCCAACCAAGGCAGACAAAAGGAGAUCUGCGAGAAUAGGCUCAUACAUAGAAAGAGAUGUGACUCCCGCCAUCAUGGAAGAUGACGAGUUGGCUCUGGACCUGGAGGACUUGCUGAGCUUUUCUUACCAGGUGGCCAAGGGCAUGGCAUUCCUCGCCUCAAAGAAUUGUAUUCACAGAGACUUGGCUGCUAGAAAUAUCCUCCUUACUCAUGGUCGAAUCACAAAGAUUUGUGAUUUUGGUCUAGCCAGAGACAUCAAGAAUGAUUCUAAUUAUGUGGUCAAAGGAAAUGCUCGGCUGCCUGUGAAGUGGAUGGCACCUGAAAGCAUUUUCAACUGUGUGUACACAUUUGAAAGUGAUGUCUGGUCCUAUGGGAUUUUUCUGUGGGAGCUGUUCUCUUUAGGAAGCAGCCCCUACCCCGGGAUGCCAGUUGAUUCUAAGUUCUACAAGAUGAUCAAGGAAGGGUUCCGAAUGCUCAGCCCUGAGCAUGCACCUGCCGAAAUGUAUGACAUCAUGAAGACUUGCUGGGAUGCUGAUCCCCUAAAAAGGCCAACGUUCAAGCAGAUCGUGCAGCUCAUUGAGAAGCAGAUUUCAGAUAGCACCAAUCAUAUUUAUUCCAACCUAGUGAACUGCAGCCCCCACCAGGAGCGUCCUGUGGUGGACCAUUCUGUGCGGAUCAACUCUGUGGGCAGCAGUGCGUCUUCUACCCAGCCUCUGCUGGUUCACGAAGAUGUCUGAAGCAGGAGGCGUGCCGGGGGAGGGGGGGUCCUCCCCCAACAGGAAUGAUCCCUGUUCUUUUGGUUUCUAUACUGGUUGUUUUGUUCUCCUUCAGCUUGCAUCCUAUUCCAGAGUAGUGGACACGCCGCUGUAAUCCUAUCUUGAUGCGCACACUUUAGUGACCAGUGAUUUUUGUCACCAGCCACCAUCCUGUUGUAAGAGUUCAAACUGCAUCUUCUACUCCCCAGAGCCAGGCAGCCCUCAUUAAUGAAAAAAUAAUAAUAAUACAGACUUGGGAGCAAGGGAGGGUGGGAUGGCCUGGACACCCCGAGUCCUUUCCAAGACUUCUCCGAUUUCUGUUUGAAAAGCAUCGCUGAUAGUUUAUUUGAAUAAAUGGCAGUAGUCGCCUUCGGGCCUCCUAACCAUCCGUAAUGAUACGAUGAUGCCGCAAGAUUAGAAGCUGAAACCUGAUCUCUUGAUGUGGAACAUGGAAUGUUAUUAGAACAAAGGGCAGAAGUCUGUGAAUAUCUGGGCUUAAGAAACCUACUAUUUCAUGCUGGGAAUGAGACAUAGGCCAUGGAAAAAUGCUCCCCGAGCAUGAAUAAAGACACGCUGCUGUGCAUGAGCCUUUGUGCUACUGAUCGGGUUUGUAAAUAGCGUUUGCUGUUAGGACGCUGAAUUGGAGAGAAGGCCUCCCCAGCCAGCAUUUGUAUAUACUCAUCUAUACAUCAUACAUGUUCAUAUAUUUGAGGGGGGAAAACCCACACGGUGUCGUUUCUGGAUGUGACCCUGGCUCAAGUCUGCUGUGUGUAGAAAUAGAUGAAGAGCCAGACAAGUUUGAAGGAAACAGUGUUUUUUGUUUUGUUUUUAAAGAAGAAAACCGUAAUUGCCAAGCACAAUCUUAACAAAAAUCUCCUUUUGUAGCCUAUGAACUUGCUCCCCAGAUUCUCCAGAACAAGCCUACCAGCUUCAGAAUGGCAUUGUGCUCAAUGGAUUUGAUGCCAUUGGAAAAAGUGACUGAUUCACUUCAUGACUCCCGCGGGAGGGACAAAACAGUGCUGUUUUAGUUUGGAUUCUUUGGUAGCCAGAAACUAAAUUUAGAUUCAGCCUCCUCUGCAGGCAUGUCCUGGACGCCGGGCCAGUACCUAUGUGAGUGCGUGUGUGUGUGCGUGUGUGUGUGCGUGCGUGUGCUUAUAGACAAAUAUUUGGGGGGUAUUCUUGCCUUGAUCCCAAGAGGGCCCUUCAGUGCUCAAGAAGUAGUUUGGCCUUCAUCAUCAGUACUGCUCUUGUUUCUCUUCACCUAGCUGUCUAGAGGAACUUGCCAGAAGCUUACAUAGCAUCCCCAUAGGAAGCAGAGUACUUAAAUAUUUAUUUGCAAUCCACCUACACCUCAAGCACUCUGUUGUUUAUACUCAACAUACUACACCCACUCCUUAGACCUAAGGCUACUCUCCUGCUAAAGCAUAUUUAAAUUUUACCCUUUAGGCUGUAGCCUGGAUAUUAUUCUUAAGAGUUCACUUUUUUUUUCCCCCCCAACUCACUGCCUAACUGUCAAGAGGUCCAUGUGUGUGCCGCAAGGUUCGUGUGUUGUCUGGCGAGAUUCAGUAUGCUGCCUUCAUGGUUCCCCCUCCUGGGUCCCUUAGACUACAUUUAGAGAACUGUGGUCAUUUAUCUGGAAGUAACCAUUUGCACUGGAGUUCUAUACUCUCGCACCUUUCCAAAGGUAACAGAUUUUGGGGUUUUGUUGUCACGUGAGACAUCGUCGCUGUUUGCCAUCCUUUGUCGGAAUAUUUCCUUUGUGUUUCUAUUGCCUUUGAUUAUAGUCAGAAAAGUGGUUGUUAAUUAUAGUUGUCUAGGUACUUCAGGGGCACUUCACUGAGAGUUUGUCUUGGAUAUUCUUGAAAGUUUAUAUUUUUAUAAUUUUUUUUUUACAUCGGAUGUUUCUUUUCAGUGGCUUAAUGUUUGAAAUUAUUUUAUGGCUUUUUUUGUAAAUAUUGAAAUGUAGCAAUAAUGUCUUUUGAAUAUUCCCAGGCCCAUGAGUCCUUGAAAAUAUUUUUUAUAUAUACAGUAACUUUAUGUGUAAAUAUGUAAGCGGUGCAAGUUUAAAGGAUGUUGGUGUUCCAUGUGUUUUUUCCUGUAAUGUUGUCCAACUGUUGACAGUUCUGAAGAAUUCUAAUAAAAAUGUACAUAUAUAAAUCAA